AUGAACUUCAUGACCGACAGGCUCGCGAACUCCCUCGGUAUAAGGCAAAGGAGAUGUGCGAUCCAGAUCGGAGCCCUCGACAAUUUGAGCACCACGGCAAAACGUUACACCACGGCCACCAUCACGUCGACGGACGGCGAGUACAAGAAGACAUUGAGAUUUCUUGUUAUCCCGGCCAUAUCGAUCCUCGUACCAAGCGAGCCCAUCGAUCCCUCGAGUCUGGGAUUACCCAGAAAUAUUCAUCUAGCCGAUCCACAAUUCCAUUGCCCAGCCCCGAUCGAUGUUUUACUUAGUACCGGAUCAACAUUCGCGUCGCUGUGCAUCGGGCAGGUCAAUCUGGCACAACCAGGCGAACCUGAACUACGUCUACAAAAAACACGCUUCGGCUGGGUAAUCGGGGGGAGUCCCACGUCCCAAACCGCGAUAAAUACGUUCCACGCAACCACAACGGCUCUGCAAGAGGACCUCGCACGGUUUUGGGAGAUCGACGAGGGACAGGCCACUACUCAUCUUUCGGAAUCGGAACGACUAUGUGAAGAACAUUUCCGAAACCAUGUCCGACGAACCAAGGAAGGCAGAUACAUCGUUGCAUUACCGUUCAACGAAAAGCUUUCCUCACUAGGGUCAUCGAAGGCCACUGCAAUGAGCAGGCUCGCCUCUCUUCAUCGCCGAUUCCAACGCGACAAACAAUAUGAAACCGCGUAUAGUGCUGUGAUUCAAGAAUAUUUAGACUUGGGUCACAUGACAAAGAUCAACACGGAUCACGCCACCGACCACGGAUAUUAUUUACCACAUCACGGCGUGACCAAGGAAUCGAGCGACACCACCAAGCUACGGGUUGUGUUCGACGGCUCAGCUUCAAGUACCACGGGAGUGUCUCUAAACGACGCCCUUCAUACGGGUCCGAAAUUACAAGAAGACCUGAGGAACAUCCUAUUGAGAUUCCGGUCAUUUCAAUAUGUCCUUACCGGCGACAUCGAGAAGAUGUACCGCCAAUUCCUCCUACGUCCAGAAGAUCGUCCCCACCAAAAGAUUCUGUGGCGUGCCGACAACGGAGAGAUCGAAACUUACCGACUCAACACCGUAACGUUCGGUCUAUCCGCAGCCCCGUAUCUGGCCAUCCGAUGUCUCAAACAGUUGGCAGAGGACGAGGGACCUCGAUUUCCGAGAGCAGCGCAGAUCCUACGGCGAGACUUCUAUGUCGACGAUGCGUUGACCGGAGCCGAUACGAAGGACGAAGCCCUAUCAAUCAGGAAUGAUCUCACGAGAUUACUUAAGCUAGCCGGUCUAAAUAUCCGCAAAUGGGCCUCAAACGAUCGGGAUCUGCUGAGAGGGCUACCUGAGGAAGACACCAAGCAGAAAUUACAUCUCGGUGAGUCAUCCACGUUAAAAACACUCGGCGUCUUUUGGGAUUCAGCCGACGAUACCAUACUAUAUUCGGUCAAGACGAACAGUGACACUUCCCGAAUCACAAAGCGAUCAAUCAGCUCAGUCAUCGCACAAAUAUAUGAUCCACUAGGAUUGCUCGCGCCGGUAAUCGUUCGAGCAAAAAUGAUUUUGCAACAAGUCUGGACAUUGAAGGUAGAUUGGGACGAAUCCCUUCCGUCAGACGUACACACAGCAUGGAUCAAAUACCACACCCAAUUGCCGUUGUUAAAUGCGGUAAGGUUCCCUCGGAAGACCAUCCUAGAAUCCGCAACGAAAAUUGAGCUCCACGGAUUCUGUGACGCUAGCGAAAGGGCAUAUGGGGCGUGCGUCUACGUGCGGACGACUGACCGAAAGAACAAUAUUUGGACUCGACUCCUCACGGCGCGGUCGAAGGUAGCGCCGCUCAAAUCGCUCUCCAUACCACGUCUCGAAUUAAGUGGGGCACUUAUUUUGACGUCCUUGAUUUCGUCAAUACAACAGGCCCUGACGACCACGAUAUCGCGGAUAGUCUACUGGACUGACUCCACCAUCGUACUCCAUUGGAUCAGGUCUUCGCCGCACACCUUGAAAACAUUUGUGGCGAAUCGAGUCGCUGAGAUACAGACCAAGACCAAUAUCUCCGACUGGCGUCAUGUGCCUACCGACGAUAAUCCAGCGGAUCUCAUCUCCCGAGGCCAUACGCCCAAGGAAUUCCUAUGUCCGUCCAUUUGGAAAAACGGGCCAAGGUGGCUCCUGCAAAGCGAAAGCUAUUGGCCGGUUUGGAGCCCGAUACCGGUAGUCGACCUCCCGGAGCAAAAGAAGACGAUCUGUCUGAGGACGAGUGUUAACGACAACACUCUCCUCCAUCGCUACUCGUCUUGGCCAAGACUAAUAAGAAUCGUCGCCCGGUGUCUUCGAUGGAGACAUAAGCAACACCGAACUGCCCAUCUCACCACAGACGAACUGACCGCAGCGCACAACAGGCUAAUAAAAAUCUUACAAUCCCAGCAUUUCGCGCCUGAAAUUCGGAUCCUCCAAAAAAAUCGAAGCGAGGACGUUGGAGGGAAACUACAGCCAUUAAACCCCUUCCUCGACGAAGAUGGGCUACUCCGGGUAGGAGGGCGACUAACCAACUCCGCCAUACCCUUCAGCCAAAAACACCCGAUCAUCCUACCGAAAUCCCCGGUGACAGAGCUAAUUAUAGAACAAGAGCACCGGAACAAUCAUCACACAGGGACCCAAGCUACCCUAUACGCGAUGAGACUGCGCUCUUGA